AUGCCCCGCAUCCCCACCGAAAAAAUAAGUAAAAUUCCAACAGCAAAUGAACCUAGGAAGAUCGGGUCCAAGAAAGUCAGACCAUGUGACAAUUGCAGACGACAGAAGCACUCUUGUCAUAUCACGAUCCCAGGAAAGCCAUGUACGGACUGUGCAGCCCGUAACAAGGAAUGUACGUUUAUUGCUCCACCUUUGAAAAGACAUGGUAAAACGCCGCCUAGAAAUACACCAUCGAGUAUUGCUGGCCCAUCUUCAAGACCUAUAGAAAGUGAACGUAGGACACAUACAAUGUCUGCACUGAUACGUAGUAGUAGAUUACCCAAUAUGGAAGAAGAGGAUGAACCUGAUGGUUCGGAUGAUGCAUAUUAUGAUUCUCUCGAUAUGGAGUAUGACGAUUGUGAAGAAUCGCAUUACCUCGGGCCUUCCGCCAUCGCUGCAAGCUCCCUCGCAGCGUCUUUAUCCAGUGGAGGAGGAGGACCAGGUCAGAGGUUCAGACAGGUCUCUGAUGGACCUGUCCCUGCUCUAUUCGUCAGGAAUCCAGCAUUGUUAUAUGGUAGAUUGGGUCCGCCGGAGGGUACACAACCUUUAUUGCAGGAAUGUGUGGAAUUGGUAGGACAGGAAAAGGCUCAGGAAUUGACCCAGCUUUUCAAAGAGACCACUCUAUUAGCUUUUCCAGUAGCCAACCGAAUGCGACUCGAAGCUGUGAUAAGACGAGAACCGGGCAGUGGGACUUAUUCGCCUACUUUCCUGGCAGCACUCAUGUCCCACGCCAUAUACACCUAUCGACCGAUGGAGCGGGCAGUCGCUACGAUAAUGUGGAAAAAGGUGCUAGCAGCGUUAGAAGAUGAGUAUCGUUUGCCCCGUUUGGUAACACUGCAAACCACCAUGAUGAUUCUGUUGUGUAACCCUCAUGAGAAUCAUGCGCAGAAUAGUAUGGCUUUAGGUAGAGCUGUAGGAUGCGCUUAUGUUCUUGGGCUACAUGUGGAAUGCAUCAAGUGGAAAUUACCGAGAUGGGAGAGGAGUUUGCGAAGGAGACUAUGGUGGUCUUUGAUCAUAAUGGAUACUUGGCGGUCAUAUAUUCAAGGUAGACCACCCUAUAUCCAUCCAACAGACCAUAAUGUCUCUCUACCGAAGAUGUGGGAUGCGGACUGGGGCAACGACACCUCCGACGAGCCUCGUCAAUCGAUGCUAUCGUUUAUCGGCAUGGCAAAGCUGACGGUCAUCCUCGAGCGGAUUACCAGUAACUUCCAUACCCUCCAAGCUGCCGUAUCCCCUCCAAGGGAUCCUUAUCGAAGUGUCUUACUGGAAAGUAUAGCCAAUGAUCUUGACGCGUUUCAAGAUUGGCUGGAUCCGCAGUUGGACUUACCGAUCAAACCCAAACUAACCUCAAGGGCUCCUGGAGUUAGGUCCAUGCAAGUUGCCCAUCUGGGUUUAAAGGUCGCCCUGAUCCGGUUGACUUUAGGUGAACCGGGCGAGACUUCCCAUGAUCUCGAGGGCACUCUCAAAGCGGCUCUCAAGAUUGGUAAAGAGUUGGUGGAUUUUCUGGAAUGUUUAGAUCCAGUCGACUAUCAAACUUUCUGGUUUCCUUAUUCGGCUUUCAACAUCCUAAAUGGUGCCGCCCUCCUACUCCGUAUCGCAGUAAAGGCCAAUACCCUCUAUCCAAUGAUCAACCUCGAGUCGGGCGAUGUUCUAAUUCGUCUUGUAACUGUGAUCAAAGCGGGUUAUAUCAGUUCUUGGACUACUGCGAUUACCGCCAAGACCCAUUUGGAGCUCUUGCUGAAAUCAUUAGAAUCUGAUUUACCCCUCGCUCAGAGUUUGCUAAGUAUAUUGGCUGAUCCGCCCAAAGUCAUCAAUGCGCUCAGCCAAGAUCAAUUGUUGGAUCCUUCCAUGACGGGUGUGAUAGGAACAGGAACAGGCUCGAACCCGGAAUGGAGUUUGGAUAUCAAUAAUCUGUUUGCUCCGAUGACGGACGUGGAUCAACAGCUGUGGAGUAGUCUAGGUUGGUUAUGGGAUACUCAGUCAAUGCAAUCUUGA